GCCCUCUGCCCGAGACCGUACGUAGCCACCAUCUCCUUCCCUAGUUCCCUCCCUAUUAAUUCGCUCUUCCUCUCGGCUUCGCAGCUGAUCCGAACACACACGCGUACUACACGGCAGCUAGCGCGCGAUGGCGAACCACCUCCGUCCGCUCGCGCUCCUCCUCGCCGUCCUCGCCUGCGCGCUGCUGUGCCGCCGCGCCGACGCGACCGCGUUCGAGGUCGGCGGCGACGACGGGUGGGUAGUGCCGCCGGCCAGCGAUGGCGGCAGGUACAACCAGUGGGCGUCCAAGAACCGCUUCCUCGUUGGCGACAUCGUCCACUUCAAGUACAAGGAGGACUCGGUGAUGGUGGUGACGGAGGCCGACUACGACAGCUGCAGCGCAUCGCACCCCAUCUUCUUCUCCAACAACGGCGACACGGAGGUGGCGCUGGACCACCCGGGCACCAUCUAUUUCAUCAGCGGCGAGACCGGCCACUGCGAGCGCGGCCAGAGGAUGGUCGUCAAGGUCGUUGGCCCGGACGCGCCCCCGCCGGCGCCUCCCAGCCCUCCGGCCCCUACCGGCGCUGCCGCACCAGUCACCACCAGCGGCGCGCUCGCCGGCGCCAUCGCAGCCGUGGCCAUGGCGUUGCCGGUCAUCGUGAUCGGCGUCUGAAUGAAUGAAUUCACUCGAGAGGCGAUUAGGCGCGGCUGUCUGGCUCGAUCGAGAACGUCGUUCCUGCGAGUUUGUGAUUAAUGGCGCUUUCCUUUGUUUGGUAGGCUUGCAUGUUUUUCGUAGAUGAAAUCAGUGGUGAGUUUGUGAUUGUGCGGAGCAUUUUGUUUGUGGAUUUCCCCCCGUCUUUCAUUCAAAAAAUCGUAUUAUUUCGAUUGUAUUUCGCCGCGUAUACACACGAUGAAGGGCCUGUUACAGCUCACAACAACAGCUUCCUAAACUAUUGUGAGUUUUUUUUUUACCAAAUACUUAUUUGUAAAACAAUU